AUGGAGGUGAUAGCGCUGCUCCUUGACCGGCGAGGAGAUGAGGUCCCCAUCACAGAAGAAGUGGUCAAGGCGGCAGCAAGGAACAGAGGUAAUGGCAAGGAGGUGAUAGCGCUGCUCCUUGACCGGCGAGGAGAUGAGGUCCCCAUCACAGAAGAAGUGGUCAAGGUGGCAGCAAGGAACAGAGGUAAUGUCAAGGAGGUGAUGUCGCUGCUUCUUGACCGAUGA